AUGUUCAAGACACUGCUUCUUGCAUCGUUUGCUGGUGCUGGUGCUCCUUACGCACCAGCUGAUCUCGUUGGUCGAGGGUACGGGUACAAUGCGCAGUGCUCUUCUGCCACGAAGGAGUGUUCGCAGUCAAAACAGCUAGCCUCUGCAACAGCAUACUGCACAUCAGCCCUCCCAAAAGUAACAGUCACGAAAACUAUCUCGACUUGCAAGGAGACAACGACAACCACGACCAAGUUUACGAGUACUUGUACCAAAACGAACGGAACACCCAAGGUCGUGACUUCGACGGUCGGUGUUUGUAAUCCGCCACCUGUUGUGCAGCAACAGCAGAAGCGUCUUGUGGAGCAGAUCGAGGAGAAGCGUGCUGCGGCGAAAGCACAGAAGCCUGCGUGUUUGCCUGCGGGUGGACCUUCCGUUACCGCGGCGUGUAAAUGCUUGUCUGUGAAGCAGGCGACGGUUACAUCGACGACAACCAAGGUUACCAAGGUUAAUACUUAUACGAAGACUGUAAAGACUGCCACUACCGUGACCAAUGCGCCAGCUGAGACAACAGAAUACGUCUACGACGACUUCUAUGUCUCAACCGACGAAGGCAAGCUGCUUGGACCGCCGUCCGGCACCUUGAAAAUUGUACGGAGCGGCCUAGGGGAUAGGUCCAACCUGGACCGCAACGGCGACGGCGCCUUGGAGCUUUUCUUCGACAGCAGUGCGGACAUUCUUUGGCAACUCAACGCCAACGGCACCCUCGCCGGUUCUGCCGACCAGACCGACGCCCCCAUUAACUACGCUGGCAGAGUCGCAGCUGAGCCCGUAGGCGUGACGGAGACCGGGUACGGUGAUAGUAUCGUCAUCAGCGCUGCGGGCCAGGAGCAGAUCACGGAUGGUACUUUCAAGCCUUUGACUUGUAGCAUCUCGAGGACAUCUGAUGGUGUUUGUCCGCUGACUUGUAAGAUUCGAGACGGAGAUGUCAAUCAGGGGACGGGAAGACAUGAAACGUUUUGGUUCUUGGGACCUCCGAAUACUUUGGAUGAAGAGCAGGUCGUGGAUGCUCGCAGGACGUAUAAGACUUAUGCAGUUACUCCUCAAGGAGAGAGGAGGACGGGGCCUCGAAAGAGAAACUUUGGGAGGAGAGGGGAGCGGUAUGCCCAUCGUAGAGGGUAG